CUACAUUUUGCUUUAAGAGAUUAGUCCCUCUAGGCGCUCGGUAGUCUGCGUCCGUCUCCGUGGAGACGGGAGACGAGAGAAAGCGUCCGGUCUUGCUGGGAAGUUUGAGUGGCUAAGGUUACCGCGCGAUCCACGCUGAGACAAGGAAGCUGGAGAAGCCGAAUAAAUAGGCAUCCCAAGGGAUCCGGGCCCCAGGGACUCACAACUCUUCUUCCAUUUUCCCCAAUGGCGCGGGUCUUUGCGAAACCCGACCACUCUGGGAUUCCCUCCACGAUGCAGAAGUUCCAGAUUCUGGAUUAUGAUCCAUGGCAGAGGUCCAAGCAGAGGACCAAGUCAUCUACUCUGCCUCCAGUCCUACAAACCAGCGGCCAGAAGAAGAGCAAAAUGAAGACUUUGACUAGCGUCCAGCCAGGGCUGUAUUCCAAGCCCACCAUGUUGAUGACGAGCCAGCCGAGGAAUCCACAAGACCUGCGCGGAGGGAAGGUGGACUCGGGGAAGACACAGGCCAGCAUCCGGCUGAUGAAGAUGAUGCUCAGGAACCGGCGCACUUCGCUCCAGGAGCUCCGCAGCCACGAGAACUUCCUCACCAGGCUCAAUGGGGAGCUGGUCAGAAACAUCCAGGACAUGGAGGACAGCGCGGCCCAGAAAGUGCGCGCGAUGCUGCAGCAGCAGGACAUCUUCGCGACCGUCAUGGACAUCUUGGAGUACUCCAACAACAAGAAGCUGCAGCAGAUGAAGUGUGAGCUUCAGGAGUGGCAGGAGAAGGAGGAAGCCAAGAUGAGGCACCUGGAGCGGCAGGUGGAGCAGCUGAAUGCCAGGAUCCAUAAGACCAAGGAGGAAGUGAGCUUCCUGAGCACUUACAUGGACCAUGAGUAUCCUGUCAGGUCCGUCCAGAUUGCCAGCCUGGCGCGCCAGCUGCAGCAGGUGAAGGACAGCCAGCAGGAUGAGUUGGAUGACCUUAAUGAGAUGCGUAGAAAGGUCCUGGAGUCUUUGUCCAACAAGAUUCAGAAGAAGAAAAGAAAACUUCUGAGGUCUCUGGUGGUGAAAACCCAGUCUCCCUAUGAGGAGGCACUCCUGCAGAAGACUCGGGACAGCCAGGACAUCCUGAAAUGCACAGGCCGGUUCAGAGAAUUUAUCAAGCACUUUGAGGAGGAAAUACCCAUAUUAAGGGCUGAGGUGCAGCAGCUCCAAGUCCAGCUCCAGGAACCCCGAGACAUCAUAUUUGCGGACGUUCUGCUUCGGAGACCCAAUGCCACCGAUUUGACGCCUGUGAAGCGCCAGGCACUGUGAGUGUAAGCAACACUUAGCCCUGCCACCACGGAGUCAGGAGGGGACCAGACAUUCGUCGAUAAUGGGCCACAAAUGAGUGUCCAGUUGCAGCCGAGCCAAGAGCUGCCGAAGGAGAGGAACAUGGCAUCAGGAGAGCAUGUCUGGACAGUGAGGAGUCUGGGGUGGUCCAGGAAGGUUUCCCUGAGAAUGUGACAUUUGAACUGAGGUCUGAAGAGUGUGUGAAGUUCGCUAGGCAAAGGGAGCUGAAGGAAGGGCCUGUCUAGGUGGUGGUGCUGGGGUCUUGGGGAUGUCCCUGUCUGAGCUCGGAACACACUGAAAGAAGACUAGAGGGGGUAAGGCCAGCAUGGGCCAGAUUACCACUUUUAUUCUGAUAAAGCUGAUUUUAGAGAAUGUGGCUUAUGUCUCCAGGCAUGUUGCUUCUGAAUACUGAACCCAGAAUUAGGCAAACUGAGCUCCCUGCGCAGCUGCCUGGGCGCAGAGGAGAGUGUAGUCCUGGCUGGCUGCUCGUUGUUGAGAGGGGACAGGACCGGGCUGCCCGUGCCCCUUUCCUCUCUCAGGCUUCUCAGAGACUCACCCUUCAGGUAGUGGUGCCCCCUUUCUAGGGGCAGAGUGAGUAAAGGGGCGAAGAGAGGCCAGAGCAGUAUGCUCAGUGAGGCCCUUCCACGUGGAAGGGACACCAGGGGAGGAAGAAACUUUCGCCUCCUGAAAAGUGGGAGUGGCACGCUGCCAACAGAGCUUCUCCAGAACAUGCGCAGGAAUCACCUGGAGAUCUUGUUAAAAAGCCGUUUGCAACAACACGGAUGGACCUUGAGAGUAUUAUGCUGAGAGAAAUAAGCCAGACAGAGAAAGACAGCUAC